UAUCUUUGCCUCAUUUGACCUUGGCAAAUUCCCGGCCUGAUUCCCGGAAUUUUUUUCUUUAUCAUUUUGAUCAUUUGCUUAUAAUAAACAAACCUCAACGCACAUUAAUGAGAGUUGUGAGAGAAGAGCGAUAAGUGCUUAGCAAGUGAAGAAUUCAAUAAAAAUCUGAAAUAAAAUUUGCCUGUAAAAAUGGCUGGAGCUUUUUUUACUGACGGUUUUACAAUUCAAGAUUUACUAUCAAAAGACGGCGUUACACUCGAAGCUAAUAACGAACUAGAUGGCCUUGAAGAAGAAUAUGAAUAUUCCAGCAAAGUUUUCAUGUCGAAUGAUGAUAUUUUGAAACAUUUGAAUCUUGACGAUGAAAAUGAUACUGAAUCCAACAAUGCAGAGCAGUUAAUGUUCAAUUUAAACUUGAAAUUCGACAAAUUAAGGGACAACAUGACAGACGUCUUGGGAAAUGGAAAGAUAAUGAAACUGAUAAAAAAGCAAGGCGUUGGAGAAGUAAUUCCAAGUGAUUCGCAAGUUUUUUUAACUUACGUUGCAAGUUUCGAGUACAAUGAUGAGCCGUUCGAUUCAUCGUAUGCGCACGGAUCGGGUCCAGAAUCAUUUAUUCUCGGCCAAGGUGGUUUAUUGCCGGGUUUGGAAAUUGGAGUUUUAACGAUGAAGAAGCAGGAAGUUGCAGCCUUCUUGAUAAGUCCCGAGUAUGCCUACGGAAAAUUAGGCUGUCCACCGAGAAUUCCAGGCGAUCAGGAAGUGUUAUUUAUCGUCAAUCUCGUGAAUUAUAUCGAUCAGAGUAAUAUUGUCGAAUUUGAAAAAUUGUCGAUUGAAGAGCGAAAGGCAUUUAAAGCGGCAAAGGGGAAAAUUCAUGUUCUAAUGGAAACUGGAAAUGACAACUUCAAAAAGGAAAAAACAAAGCAAGCUAUUCGAGAUUAUACGAGAGCGGUGAAAAUGUUGGAGGAGGCACGCUUAAACAACGACGAAGAGGAAGACGAGCAGAAGAAAUAUUUGUCGAGAAUCUAUUGCAAUUUGGCUGUUUGUUUCAACAAAGAAAAUCGACCGCGAAAUGCGUGUGUCGCUUGUCAGAAAAUUCCCAAUCCAAGCGCAAAAUCCUACUUCAAUUUUGGAAGAGCAUUAAUAAGAUUAGGCGAAUAUGAACAAGCAAAAGAACAAUUGUGGAAAGCGAAAGAGUUGGAACCUGCGAACAAGCAAACCCUGUUGGAAAUAAAAUUGGCCGACGAUUUGCAUACAAAAUAUAAAGACGCCGAGAGACGUUUGUGGUCAAAUUGUUUAAAAGUGUCAAAAGAAGAAGCGGCAAGAUCGGAGUUUGAAAAAAUCGCUCAUGAAAUAUGUAAGAAUUUUUUAAACGACACUGAUUCUGUCCGCUAUCCAUUGCCUGAUGGUUUAACACCAGAGGAGGAUAAAAUUAUUCGCGACAUUGCAAUCAGUCACGGUCUAUCAAUAACUAAUCAUAAACGCUAUGGAAAGGAAAUUGUUUUUCUAACAAAAUCAAAUUAUUAAGUUUUGCUAAUUCAAAUAUCCACCAAAAAGAAAAGGUAAAGAAAGUAUUGUUUUCCCACGAAAACCAAGUGAUUAAAGUAAGGAAAUUUUCUUUUCUUUUUUAUAACUAUAUGUAUGUAGAAUUACAAGUUUUUGUUUAAAACUAAAAUUUACUUUGAAAUUAUUGUUUAUUAUCUAUCUAAAUAGAAAAUUAAUAUUCAUUUACAAAGUAAAAGACUGCAAUUGGAAAUUGCAAUGAGAAUUAUUUAAUUAAUAGAAUACUUACAUAGUUGAUUACUUGAAUAAUCUAAUUACUUUAGAAAGAGAUUUAUCUUAAAUAUACUUUAUUUUUUGUAUUUUUAUUUCAAAAUAUUCGUAUAAAGAAACAAUGUUAUAUUAUACCUUAGAAAAAUAAAUUUUCUACUUUUGUAAA